AUGGGUUCAGUGUGGAAAAGACUGCAAAGAGUUAAUAAAAGAGCUGCAAAAUUUCAAUUUACAGUUUCUUAUCAUCAAUUGCUUUUAGAAACAACAUCUAAAUGGAAACCAAAUAAGUUAUCUGUAGUAUGGACUAGAAGAUCUCGAAGAGUUGUUACAGAUCCUCUACCAUGGGAACCAACAUUAAAAGAUCCUCUUCGUGGUAUAGUUGUUUGGGCUGUACCUGAGAAUAAAGAAGUAUCUGUAACUUUAUUCAAAGACCAAAGAACUCAGGAGUUAGAAGACAAAGACUGGACAUUUAUAUUGGAAGAUGUUUCAGUAACUGGGAAAAGGCGACAAAUUGCAGCAACCAAUAUCAAUAUGAAAAAAUAUGCCAGUGUUGAAUCUAGUCAGGUUCAGCUCAAUUUGACUUUAAAACCUAUGACAAAAAAAAUUGUAUUUGCUUCAUUAGAAUGCACUUUAAGUUGUGUUUUUUUGAGAGAAGGAAAAGCUACGGAUGAAGACAUGCAAAGUAUGGCUAGCUUACUUAGUGCAAAUAAUAACAGUGAUAUUGCUCCUUUAGAAGAUUUUGAUGAAGAAGAUAUUGAUGUUGAUGUUGAUGUUUCACUCAAAAAUGAAAUAUUAGACUUAUCAUCCCAUAUUGAAUAUCUAACAAAUAGUUUGAGUGAUUCAGAAUUUGCUAGUACUCCUAUAAGUGUUGCAAGUGUUCCUUCUCUUCAGAAAGAUGAUCCCACACCGAUUGCUGACGAGUUUAAAACAAUUUUAACUCAACCUUUUAAUGAAGUUUUGACAAAUGUCAAUUCAAACUUUAACGAAAUUCAUUCGUCAUCAAAUGUAAUUAACGAAGAAAAGGACAAUGAAGAUAAAACUCGGGAUCCUUCAGAAAAUAAAGAUCAGAAGAAUGUGAGAUUAAAAUUACAACCAUUAAAUUUUAAUCAGGUUAACACUAAAACGAGGCCAAUGGAAAGUACUCCUGGAUUAGAUUUGCUCGAAUGGUGCAAAGAGGUUACUAAAGGUUAUAAUGGAGUUAAAGUUACCAAUUUAACAACCUCUUGGAGAAAUGGAAUGGCUUUUUGUGCUGUGAUUCAUCAUUUUCGUCCCGAUUUAAUAGACUAUGAUUCUUUGCUUUCACACGAUAUAAAGGGUAAUUGUAAAAAAGCAUUUGAUGCUGGUGAAGUUUUAGGUAUUUCAAGAAUUAUUGAACCGGCUGCCAUGGAUGUGUUAACAGUACCAGACAAACUUGCUGUUAUGACUUAUCUAUACCAACUAAGAGCUCAUUUCACAGGUCACGAGCUAGAAGUUAAACAAAUUGGAAAAACAACCGACGAGUCAUCGUACAUGGUUGGACGUUUUAAUUCUGAUAAUUCUGAUGUUGCCAUUGAAUUUUUCGGUCAAGAAAUAAUGAAUUUAAGAAAGCGAGAAAGUGGAGAUUUCAAUAAAGCUUUAGAAGAAAGGUCGAGUUCUGUUGACAGUGUAAAAAAUACAGAAAAAUCAAUUGAAAAUGAACCUCAAGCUCAAGUAAAUUCUCGUCAGAAUUCAAUAUUAAAAUUGAGACUGCCAUUACUUUCUAAUCAGGAUUCUGUCGGGGAUUUUGAGGGUGAUAAUAGUAGACACGAAAGUAAAGAACGUUCACCGACGUCCGUUAAAGAAGUCAAAGAUAAAAUUUUGGCAUCAUCUAAAAGUAUAUUAGAAAAAGUUCUUUCACCGACAAAAGAUAAAGUUACCUUUAAUAGGGACAAGAGUAAGUCUCCUCCUGUUAAAUCAUCACGUCCAAUUUUAAUGACGAGAAGGCAAUAUUCUGAUCCUUUUGGUUCUGAUGAAGAAGAUGAAAUGACGGCUCAAGAUGUAAAUGUAAUUAAUUCAACCGAAGAAAAAAAAUUUAAAACGAAUCAUUCAUCGAUUCCUAUAUCUUACUCGGUAGAUUCGGAAUUGAAUCGUCCCAAACAGUUUCACGAGUAUGAAAAUAAACUUCUUAAUUCACCCAGUAAUGAAAUUCCUAGUCGUAAUCAAAACCGCACUUUAUCCCGACACAAUGAAUUGAGAGAAAGAGCAAGACAAUUAUUGGAACAAGCUAAAAAAGAAGCUGCAUCCAGAGGGAAUUUUACACAAUCGCAAUCUCUUACUCCAUUAAAGGAUGAAGAGGAACGACAGCAACAACUUCGAGAGAGAGCCCGAAAAUUAAUUGCUGAAGCUCGAAUGGGCGUCGUGUCACCCACAUCUCCCAAUCCACUAGUUAUAAAAAUAAGGUCGCCAUUAUCCGAAGAAAAUUUAAUUGGUAAAAGAGAAUCUCCUGAUAAAAAAUCUCCUUCGCCGUCUGAAAAUAGUCUUAAGGGUGAAACAAAUGGUAAUAUUUGGUCUUGGAAUGGUUACAAUCAAAAGGGAUCCGUCCAGCAAAAAAUUAAUUCUCCCGACGAAGAUUAUUUGACGAAGGAUAGAAUCUCACCGGAUAAAGAAAACGAAUAUGGCAAGGAAAUAGGGAAUUACAUACAAAAUGAAUUGGAAGCACUCGAAAGAGAACAAAAACAAAUCGAUAAACAAGCUGCCCUUUUAGAAAAAGAAUUAAGAAAGGUCAUGGAAUCUGGUAACAACAGCGAACAAGAAGAAAUAAUGAUGACAAAUUGGUUUACUUUAGUUAAUAAAAAAAAUGCAUUACUCCGAAGACAAAUGCAAUUAAACAUUUUAGAAAAAGAAGAAAAUUUGGAAAGAAGAUUCGAAUUGUUAAAUCGAGAACUUCGUUGUAUUUUAUCACUCGAGGAUUGGCAAAAAACCGAAGAACAAAAAGUCCGGGAAGCUCUUUUAUUGGACGAAUUGGUUUCAAUUGUUAACAAACGUGAUGAACUUGUUCACCAUUUGGAUUCGCAAGAAAAAGCAAUCGAAGACGAUCACGAAAUUCAACGUGACAUAACUCGUGCCAGCAUGAUGCAAAGGAAUCGUAAUUGUGUUGUCCAGUGA